AUGUCUCAAUUUUUUGGUUUUGGCAUAAGAGUUGAGUUGAAAGACGGGAAGCUAAUCGAGGGGAAGAUCGCGAAGGCUACGUCAAAAGGUUUGACUUUGAAUGAGGUGAAAUUUGGCGAUGGUGGAACUUCUCAAGCAUUCAAAGUUCGUGCGUCGAGAUUGAAGGAUUUGAAAGUGCUGAGUGUUGCGACGUCAAAGAAAGAACCGAAAGAACAAAAGCUCACUCAGCGUUCACAUUCUGAAGGCAAAGAUUGGCAAGACGAUGACGUUAGCAAGCUGAAGGAGCAAGAGGAUUUUGACUUUCAAGGUAAUUUACGAAUGUUCAACAAGAAAGAUGUUUUUGCAGAACUCAAGCAAAAAGACGACGUCGCCCCAGAGGACAGAUUGGUUUCGCACAACAAGAAGGCCAAAGAGACGAAUGGCAGAUACCAGAAUGAUGAAAUGGUCAUUCCAAACGCGAAGGAUGAUGCUUGGAACGCCAUAUCGUCCGACGACGACGACGAAUAUGAUGAUGAUGACGAAGAAUAUUAUGACGUGGAUAAUGGCACAUAUUUGCCCGUGACCAAAUCGAUAAAUAUCACUCAUUUGCUGCAUUCUGCGAAGGGCGGCACGGAUAAGGAUAGCCAGCAGGGGCAAGUUGUCGCCCAGCUUGAAAAGAUGAUCAAAGGUCAGACAAGGGCGCGUUCGAUCUCGGCCGGCCCAGGAAAUCCAGCCUCAACAGCCUUGCUUAAGAUCAAAGAUUCAGAUCAGACGGUUCCAAUGGCAACCCCCGUACAACUGAUGGAAAUUGAGCGUGUGAACUCCGAGCAAUUUGGAGUAACCUCAGAUAUCAUGCUGGAGAAUUUUGCCACAAAUGCGUCUUUCUUCCUUAAACAUAAAUUGGGUGGCCGUACUAGACUGCGUCGCGAUAACCAUAAUCCAGAGCCGCUCGUAGUCAUUCUUACCUCGGACUCCAAUAGGUCGGGUGCAAGAAGCAUGGCCCUCGGGAGACACCUAUGUCAGUCUGGCCACAUUCGUGUGAUAGCACUAUUCACCUGUUCUGCAGGCGAUCUGCAGGAUUCGCAAGUCAAAGAGCAAUACGAACGAUUCAGGAAAUGUGGCGGGAAGGUGGUUAACAGCGUCGGAGCCCUUAAGAGUACAGUGGACAAACUAAACAGCCCCGUGGAGAUCGUUAUCGACGCCAUGCAGGGAUUCGACUGCAGCUUGACCGAUCUGGACGAGAGCUCCUCAGCCACGCAAGACUACGACACUUCUACUUCCAUGGAGGCCCGCGCCUUAGACAUGAUCAACUGGUGCAACCUUCUCCAGGGCCAAGUGCAAGUGUGGUCUCUCGAUAUCCCAAGUGGUUACGAUAGUGGAACAGGCCUUGCAAACUUCGGCGCCAUGGUAUCUGCCACUGGUGUGAUAUCUUCUGGCUGGCCGCUGGCAGCGCUAAAAACAGUAAAGCAAGGCGGCUCAUAUCGCCUCCAAGAGUGUGCGGCAAUCGAUAUGGGAACACCUCACUGCGUUUACUCGCAGAGGACAUCGUUGCGCAAGUUCCAAUCGCGUGAUUUGUUCAUUACAGAAGGUUUCAUAACUCUGGAGUUUUAA